AUGGCCAAGGGUGUGACUCAGCUGGAAAAGCGCCUCGAUGCGCUGCUGUUAUACCUUCAGCCACAUUGGGAUUUCCUCAAUUGUCACAUGGUUAACUACCUAACCGAUCAGCACUGGAGCAGGUUUCUGCCAGAGGCAAUGCGAAAGGAGAUCAAUAGCAAGAAAGACCUAGACCUGGCCAUAGAGAACCUCUUCUGGCACAAGAAGCGUUCCAACACUGAAUUUCCUGAAUGGGAACGUUUCUUAACGAACGGAGAGCACGAACGUUUGUCUGAACAUCCAGAACUAUUGACAACAGUGGACCAACUGAUAGAGGAGCAGGAAAAGGCGACCCAGCUCAACAUCAGGGAAUUCAUGAGUGCCAAAAAGUGUCAUGAGGUUGAGCUUACAGCCGCUCUGGUCGACAAUUUGAUACUGAGCACUGGACAUCAGCAUGAUUUCUGCAUUGUGGAUGCGGGAGAUGGCAAAGGGUAUCUGUCCUCUCGGAUGGCGCUCCAGUAUGGGCAUCGUGUGCUUGGCAUCGACGCCAAUGCUGCCAAUACCGAAAAUGCCUUAAACCGCAAUCGGAAACUUCAGCGCGCUUGGAAUGGACUAACAGAACGGGCGGAGCUUCAGAGCCAAGGAAUCACACCCAAACGGCGCGGGAAAAAGUCGCCAACGAGAAAAACAGCAAAGAGUACGCCCGUUCUGGAAAACUACAAGACGACUGCAAGAUUCAUAAACACCGAACUUGAUUUCGGUAAUUUGCUCGCCGAGCACUUUCCGACAGUUCCUUCGGCGGGUAAUUUAAGCAUAUGCCUGACGGGUCUGCACACCUGUGGAAAUCUGGCUGCCACCUGCCUGCAGGUAUUCCACGCUCAGCCCGACUGCCAGAUACUGUGCAACAUUGGCUGCUGCUACCACCUGCUAAAGGAGAGGUACUCGCAGCAGGAGUUCUUCGGGAAUAAGGCGUUGAUGGACAUGCAAACAGACUUUGGAUUUCCGCUAAGUCAAUAUCUCCAGAAGCGUGAGAUCAGAGUGGGUCGCAACGCCAGGAUGCUGGCGGCCCAGUCCAUUGAACGAACUUUGGAUGCCAAGGAACUUCCCAAUAUAACGCUCUAUUAUCGCGCCCUGCUGGAGGUGCUAGUUUGCCGGCACGCCCCGCACUUAAAGAACGAACUGCAGGUGGGCAAAGUGCGUAAGUUUGAGAACUUCCAGGAUUACAUACAGAAAUGUGCCAAGAAAUUGGACGCUCCUUGGCUGGCAGCCAUCGAUGUAGCGGAGCUGCAAUCUGUACUUGAGGAACACGCCGUGGAUAAGCACUUUUUGGACAUGUUCUACCUCAUACGCAUGUCAUUUGCUCCGGUGUUGGAGAGCCUUAUUCUGCUCGACCGCCUGCUUUACCUGCGGGAGCUGGGAUACCAUCGCAGCCAUCUGAUUGAUCUGUUCGAUCCUGUUAUAUCGCCCAGGCACUUUGCAAUUGUGGCUCUCAAGUCACUGACAUAACACUGGCAUAGGCAAACACUGACAUUGAUGGAUGCAUCAAAGUCGAAAACCGGC